AUGUUCCCUAUAAAACUGUUAGCAAGAGGCGUGACCGGCGCAUAUGGCCUUGCGCGUGAAGCAAUGGCCGACCAUGACGCCAAAAAGACUGCGACACCUCAGAGUCACCUGCAAGUUCCCUCCUCAACCAAGGAGGACGCCGACCUUUCAGAUACCUCAUCAGUUGAGUCAUCCGACGGCGAGGAGGCAGCACAAGAACUCGACGAGGUCCAGCAGUCAUUUAUGCCAACAUCAAAAGAUUCUCAAAUUGACAAUGCUCACGACGUUGACGAGGUGUUGGAUGCCUUCACGACGAGACACCCACCUCCGAAAUAUUCGCCAGUCGCCGGGAAACUCGAAAUACCUGUCAUAUUGCCACAGCGUCGGCCCAAGAGCAAAGAACGAGGCUUCGUUCGUGCCUAUGCGCCUAUCCUCCAGACUUGUGGAGUCGAGCAGGGCGAAUUUCUCGACUUUUUAGAUGGAUUUGGAAAAGCAAUCCAGCUGCAUCCAGUUUUCCAUGCUUUUAAUCUAGCGUGCGCCGGAGCAGUCCUGGCGACCGACAUUGCCGUUGGCCCCAUGUUUUUCGUCCACGUCGGGGCCAUGGUAGUCCACACCAGCGUGGAGCUUUCCAGGCGACAAUAUGUGAAAUACGAAUCGAACAAAUAUCUGGACAACAUGAACGAGAACUUUUUCAAGCCCCGAGGCCUCUAUGCUUUGGUCAUGGCAUAUAAACCUGACUCGGACGAUUUGGUCCAAAAUGUGGAUAUGAACACCCACCUGGUAACCUCGAUCGCAACCAGGGAUUCUGGCCGCGGAAGUCGAUUUGCCGAUUCAGCAGGUUCUUCGAGAGAAAUCGAGAUCCCCGAGUCCGCCCCUCUCAUCUUCCCGGAGCUGGACGCCCUACCGGAGGGCGAGAAAGAGAAUGCAUUCAAGCGCAGUGGCAAGAGACUAGGCGACUACUUUGAUCGCCGCGCCCAAGCCAAAUUCGAGAAGGCAAAUCCUGGGUCCAAACUCAACGUGUAUCAGGAUAGGCAAUUUGCGUCGCGCUUCAGCGAUCCCAAUCAUCCCGCCAACAGCGGCAGCCUGAUAGCCUUGCUGAGCGGUGGAAAGAUUGACACGACUGAGACGGAUCGAGCGAAGGCUGAGAGAAGGGCACGCAAACGCCAGUAUAAGGACGGAAGACGUGUUGCGAGGGGCCGUGAACCGCGUUACGAUGCCAGCGGUAUGAAUAAGAGGGCUCCUCAAGGAGGGCUUAAGGGAUUGAUGAGGUCGGACGUGUUGUACCUCAUGAUAGUAAAUUAUCCCAGCGAGGCGGAGCUGAAGGAAGCGGCUCAGGCUAUGACCGAUUUACGGUUGAGGUAG